AUGGUGCCUGCCUUUGCUGGCAACCUUCCUCUGAGCGAACAGAAGGAGCUGCCCGCCUGCUGGCCUUUCUUGAUGCUCGCAGCCGGGGAGGUUGGCGGCCGAUGGUCGUCUCUGUUGUCUUAUUUGGCGGCGCCAGUUUUCGUCUUCCUGGCGUUGGGCAUGGUCGGUCCCUUCGGCUCUGUCGAACCUGACGAGAGCGAGCCAGGAGAGGCACCCGUGAGCUGGAGGUGCAAUGCUCGCGGAGAUGAGAGCUACCUGGCUGUGCCGAGCUCCGAUACAUUUUUGGAGGAUGCCGAGGAUGCCGAGAGUGCCCUGAGCGGCGCAGUCUCGACUCGAUGA